AUGGCAGAGAACAACGCAACGGGAUCUAGCUUGCAUGUUCACCAAAAUAGACAUGCAAAUACCCCUUCGCCAUAUGACAUUGCUCGCCAGUAUGAUAAUGAAUUUGCAAAAUCUAUUUCAGCCUGGGAAUUACGUGCAAAGGCAGCGUGGAAAGACGCCGAUACGGCUGAAGCUCAAGGUCAAUGGGAUGAUUCGGACUAUUAUGUCAACCUUGCCGAGUUGUGCGAAGAAAUGGCCUGGAACACUCGAAUUUACUUAGGAACAGAGACCAGCUAG